GAAAAUUUUCUAACUAGACGAGCUUGUGCAAUGUGCUAAUCGCAAACUCUUCUGCCCAUUUUUCCCUUCAAUUUUUUUUUUGUCUAAUUCUGAUUUGAGAUGACACAGCCAUGCACUAUUUUGACAUUCAUACUUCUAACGCUUUCAUGCUCAUUGACAUCCCAGAAUGGGGACAAUUAUGUCCAGGAUGCUUGCAGUGUGACUCGUUAUCAAGAUAUUUGUAUUCACUCUUUGGCUUCGUUUUCACACACAGCCCAACACAGCCCUAGUAGGUGGGCCCGGGCCGGAGUCUCCGUCACCAUAGGAGAAGCAAAAAAAGUGAGUAAAUACUUGAUGAUACAUAGAAGUGAUAUGAUCGUAGAAGGAAGAAAUAAAAUCGCACUUUUGGAUUGCAUUGAGUCUUUUCAAAAUACAAUUGAAAAUCUGCAUAGAUCUCUCGACGUGCUUAGAAAGCUAAAUUUUCAGGAAUUCGACUCCCAAAUGGGGGAUGUUACAACAUGGUUAAGUGCUGCUCUUACCGAUGAAGAUACAUGUUCAGAUGGAUUUGAUCGACAAAAAGGAAAAGUUGUUAAAAGCAUACUAAAUCGUGUUUCAAAUGUAAGUUACAUGACGAGCAACGCAUUAGCUUUAGUUAACAAACUUACGACUACUGGUCCAGAAGCGCUGAAGAAGGAUUGAGAUCCUAUGGAACUUGAUAUUAAUUAUAAUCAGCUUUUUAGCUUAAUUAAUUGAAUGUAAUAGUGUGCAUAGUACUUGUUAUUAAGCAUUAUUUAGGCUGCUAAGGAUUUGGCCAGUAUAAUGCGAUUAUCUUUAUAUAUUGAAUAUUGAUGAUAGUUUACUU